CCCCGACUUCCCUGAAAGGCUGAAAUGAUUGCAUUUUGCAUUCCAAUUUCCAGCUUAACACUAAAAUGCUAUGAGUGCUUGACCACCAUGCUUAAGCUCAUGCUGCCUCCAGGACUAUAGAGAGUGGUGUCCCUAGUAGAGUAGCUGGUUUAUUGACCAUAGAGGAGAUAGAUAGUGUGGGUGUAGGUUUACACAGCAGAGUUGAAGGAAGCUGUGAAGCUGCCACUGCACACUUGCACACAUAUGUUACUCUACUGGCCUACUGUAUCCAUGGGCAUGAUGGCAACCAUGACCACUAUCACAAUGGCAUCAACAUUCUAUUACCAACGGCAGUUCCAGUUCCUAUCCCAUCCAACUCAACUCUACUCUCUCCCACUUUUGGAGCUAAAUCAGCACAAGCGCAUUGUUGUAAGACCAAUGUCAAGUUACCGAUUUUAUGCAGUUAAGGGUAAACACCAAGGGGCUAGCACCAUUAGCAUCGGGGAUACAUUAGAUCCAGAAAUUCGAGCUGUUCUUGAACUUGCAACAGAUUCUGAGUUGUAUGAACUUGAAAGGAUUCUAUUUGGCCCAAGUUACUUGAGUCCAUUGUUGAAGUCAAUAACAAAGAGAGCAGAUGUUGAUUUUGCUAUGAUUGAGGAAGACUUGGAGAAGAGGGAAGAAUUUAUGUCCAUGCUUGAGUCGAGAUUUCUAUACCUUGCUGCUGAUGCUCGAUCUACUUUGAGGGGUCGAAGACCAUCAUAUAGGGAUGUAUUGCUUAAUGUAAGGAAAAAAUUAAAUAUACGUUGUUCAACCAAAUUGUCUGCUGAAGACUUGGAAGCAGAGAUUUUUCUUCAUCUAUUACAGGAAUAUUCGAGUUCAAUGGAUAGGGCGAAUGACCCCGAUGAGAAUGAGAGUCUAGAAUUUGGGCUUAGUCAAUGGAAGAUUCAGGCUGAUGCUGCUUUAAAAGGAGGGCAAGGGCAGCUUGGCACAAUGAUACUAAGGGGCGGUGGGAUGCUAACAUUAGGGGGAAUCUACAAAUUGUUAACUAAGAGAUUAUUUGGAAAAUGUAUGGUGGAAGUUGCCAAAUAUGGGGUGCAAAAGGAACUCCUCAAGAAGGGUGGAGAAUUGGCAGCUGUUAACCUGGAGGCCAGGCUAGCCUACCUUGUUGCAAAACAGGGUGUUAAAGGUGCUGCUACUAGGUACUUGGGCCUGAGGAGCUUGGCAACAUUUUUUGGUCCAUUGUUGUGGGGAACAUUUCUAGCAGAUGUUUUUAUUCAAAUGCUUGGAACAGAUUACGCUAGAAUUGUGCGAGCUAUUUAUGCCUUUGCACAGAUCCGGAUCACCCGUUCAUACAAGUUAUGAUCUCAUUUCAAGUAAGAGAUGAUUUGAGUUUCUAAUGCGUAGCUUCAUGUAGUGUGGAAAUGGAAUAUUAUAUCUGGAACUGUGUUUUUGGGUUUGGUUGGAAGGAAGUAUUCGCCAAAUCUGUCCAAAUUUUUAGGGUUUCAAUGCUAAGUUGAGGGUUUGUUUUUUACUGUCAUAGUGUCAUUGAACUCUUACUCUAGGAUAUGAGGUUCUUGUAAAUAUGCACCACAAAAGCAAUUGCCUUUACUUCUCUUUUUUAUGUACACUGUACACAGCCGCUGCUA